GUUGCUUAGGUACUAAGGAUUCCAGGUAUCCGUUGCGAAACCGAAAAUGGAUCUGACUGAUCGCUUAUCUGGUUAAAUCAAGGACACCGAUGGAACAAAGGCUGAUAGAAUGGAAGGCCUUGUGAAGGAUAUUAAAUUCUGAAACUCCCCCACCCCCCCUUGAGUAAUUAAAUAAAUAAUCGGCCACCAAUCAAAAAACAACUUGACGAGGACUUAUAAGAGGGCUGUGAUACCGAAUGGACACAACGCCGCCGUUCUGCAGGUUCGUGUCAAAGAAAGCUGAGCGCGAGUUUGCCGCAGAGAGGCGAAGGACCGAGAGGCAACUUAUUUUCGGUCGAAACUUCCAGAAGAGGCUCAAUCCAACCGCCAUGGCGUGCAGGUACUAAGGAUUCCAGGUAUCCGUUGCGAAACCGAAAAUGGAUCUGACUGAUCGCUUAUCUGGUUAAAUCAAGGACACCGAUGGAACAAAGGCUGAUAGAAUGGAAGGCCUUGUGAAGGAUAUUAAAUUCUGAAACUCCCCCACCCCCCCUUGAGUAAUUAAAUAAAUAAUCGGCCACCAAUCAAAAAACAACUUGACGAGGACUUAUAAGAGGGCUGUGAUACCGAAUGGACACAACGCCGCCGUUCUGCAGGUUCGUGUCAAAGAAAGCUGAGCGCGAGUUUGCCGCAGAGAGGCGAAGGACCGAGAGGCAACUUAUUUUCGGUCGAAACUUCCAGAAGAGGCUCAAUCCAACCGCCAUGGCGUGCAGCCUCGAGAUCGUCCUCGUGCUGGCUCUGCUCUUCUCCCCGAGUUCCCCAUUCGCGAUCGACACAUCCGAGGAAGAUUCGAGGGAGCCCGAUUCGACCAGUGACUUUGACAGCCACAUGUCGUCCGAGUCCAGUGAACACGGAGGCGGCGGCGUCUACUCGCAGAACGGCGCAAACAACGGGCCCCCGUCAAACAACAGAGACGCGCAGCAGGCAGGAGCCGAGUGGGCGUUCGGAGGAGAGGGCAUCGACCGUUUUGGAAUUGAAGAACCGCAGCGGCCAGCAGCCAACGAAGCCGCAGCGUCUGUUGGGGCAGCAGCAGCAGGAGGAGGAGUUGGAGGAGGUGGGGGAGCAGGGGCAGCUGGGGUUGGCGGGACAGCGGGGGACGUGGCGCGCGAUUCCACGGGAGAGCUGCAGGGAGGGAUGGCGACGGACACGGCCGGAGUUGGGGGAGGGAUGACGCUCGAUUAUACGAGUCACGGUGCAGUUGGUGGAGCCGGUGGUGCAGACGGAGGAGCCAAUGGAGCUGCUGAAGGAGCCAAUGGUGUAGCUGGUGGAGCCAAUGGAGCUGCUGAAGGAGCCGGUGGUGCGAUUGGUGGAGCCGAUGGUGCGAUUGGUGGAGCCGAUGGUGCGAUUGGUGGAGCCAAUGGUGCGAUUGGUGGAGCCGAUGGUGCGAUUGGUGGAGCCAAUGGUGCGGCUGGAGGAGCCGGUGGUGCGAUUGGUGGAGCCGAUGGUGCGAUUGGUGGAGCCGAUGGUGCGAUUGGUGGAGCCAAUGGUGCGGCUGGAGGAGCCAAUGGUGCGGCUGGAGGAGCCGAUGGUGCAAUUGGUGGAGCCAAUGGUGCGGCUGGAGGAGCCAAUGGUGCGAUUGGUGGAGGAGCCAAUGGUGCGAUUGGUGGAGCCAAUGGUGUGAUUGGUGGAGCCAAUGGUGCAGCUGAAGGAGCCAAUGGUGCGAUUGGUGGAGCCAAUGGUGCGAUUGGUGGAGCCAAUGGUGCGAUUGGUGGAGCCGGUGAUGCGAUUAGUGGAGCCAAUGGUGCGAUUGGUGGAGCCAAUGGUGCGGCUGGAGAAAACGGUGGAGCUGCUGGAGGAGCCAAUGGUGCGGCUGACGAAUCCGGUGGUUUCGUGGCGGGUCAUGGAGGCCAUUUUGGAGGUGCGGAGGCGACGGCCGAUGGAGCGAUGGGAUAUGGGAACGCGGGGCCCAUCGUAGACAAUUUCGGUUACGGUGGGGAUGGAGGCCAGACCCCUGGCUCGCACGACGGGAUCGGUGGUGCCGGCGCUGGAAUUGACGCAGGCCACGGUGCAGACGGCGGCGAGUCGCUGGGUUUAUUCGAUGGACUGGGUGAUGCCGGCGGUGGUGGCGCUGGAAUUGAUUCAGCGUUCCACGGAGAAGGAGCGCAGGGUCACCCACACGACGGGUCUGGGCCGCACGGCUUGGAGGCGUUGGAGGCGGAGAGAGCCGGGAUGAUGAUGAUCGUGGAUGGCCAGACGCUGACACUCGCCGAGGGAGAAGAUGCCGCUGGUGUUGCUGAAGCGGUGUCGCCUCCAGUCUCCGCGGCUCGACAACGCGCCGCAGACGCCGGCGGCGGCAGCAGUGAAUGGAAGUGGGAAACCUCACCCAUACGAUUCUCUGCCAGGGAUCCCGGCUCUCCUCUCCAUGGAAGAUAACGGAGACAGCAAGGACAUCGGCUCCCAGCACGAGUUAUAUCAAGACGGCAUCGAGUUCAAGACCAGGCCUAUCCACACAGAGCUAGAGUCAAGCCCAGCGCCGGAGGUCGGAGGACCGGGAAACGAGGCCCACACUCCACGUACAGGCAGCACUGGCGCCGAUCGCGAUGAGCCAAGCGUGCAGCCGAGCACAGCAGCAG